AUGAGGAAGCAGAACGAGAUUUAUUUAGAAAUUUCCUCAAUUAACGACAACGAGAAAUGUUUAGCUCCGAUCGAAACGGUCGUGACUCUUUUCACAUUGAGGUAUUGUGAAUCGGAGAUGAACGUGAGGUUCGUAAGAAGAAAUAUCGCAAAAGAUGUCCGUUGUCAUACAGUGGACGUAAGCGACGUCGAAUAUCGUUUGGUGAGCGAAGAGGAAGUUCCAUUUAACGCAAGUUCCUGCGAAUUACCAAAUGUCAUUAUAAACGAUGACGCAGUGGUGGCAGGCUUGUGCGCAAGCUUGCGUCAAGUGGUGAAAAACACAAUAUCUCAAUACCCUGAGCACAGUUGUCGUUGUUUAUUGGGUUUUAAGGAUUCCUGCCUUCUGGCACCAUCGGAAACAAGCGUUUGGACGAAAUACUGCGAAGUCGAUCUGUUGUCAACUCUAAAAAAUUUGAGCGAAGAUUUAUUGUCGAACAUUGAAUUGCCAGUGUCGAUGGCCCGUUUCGAGGCGCACAUGAGUGAACCGGUACGUUUACACAACGUGUAUAAAUAUACGAUGUCGAAGAAGUUCGCUCCAAACGGUGUGGUGAGUCAAGAGAAAGGUGUCGUACCGGAACACCUGUACGCCGAAGGCUCUUUCGUGACUCUCGCGGACAUAAUAAUAUUCGUUUGUUUCCACAUACUUUUCAAUUUCAUAACGAGCUCAGAAAUUCGUCAGCUAUUGCCUCUGACGUGUAGAUGGUACGACAGAUUGAUGGAAGAUGCUUCGAUGGCCAAGUGUCUCAACUGUAUAAUCCUGGAACCUUCGGAAAUUUCGAAUAUUCGUUACGUGCUUCCUGACGUUGAGAAGCAAAGUUUGUACAAAAGCGACCCGAAGCGUUACAAGCCACGAAAUCGUAUAUACACGAGGCAAGAAGACGUUGAAAAUUCGCUGCGCCUCAUCGACGAAUUGAAAAUAAAUAGGGGACUGAAUAUCGAGCCUUAUGGUGUUGAAGUGGAGUUAGAUUGGAGCAAAAUUCCUCACGAGGCUACGCCCGAAGGUGGUGCUUUGCCGAUAGCUCGAUUGAAACGGAAGUUUGAGCAGCUUGAGAACUUGUGUAAACCUGUGCUCAAACUGGCUCGAAAGAAGGACGUUAUCGUUGACUUUUGCUCGGGCAGUGGUCACCUAGGUAUUCUCGUAGCUCAUCUAUUGCCACAGUGCACAGUUAUACUGCUAGAAAAUAAAGAAGAAUCGUUGAAUCGAUCGAAAGAACGCGUGAUAAAAUUGCAACUGGCGAACGUUCAAUUUUAUCAAUGCAAUCUGGAUUAUUUCAAGGGUUACUUCGACAUUGGAAUGUCACUGCACGCUUGUGGCGUUGCAACUGAUCUUGUCAUACAGCAUUGCAUUAGGAAAAACGCAAUUUUUGUCAGCUGUCCUUGCUGCUACGGCUCCGUUCACGAUUGUCAUCAUAUAACCUACCCCAGAAGUGAUAUUUUUCGGAGAAACAUUAACAAAAGGGAUUACCUCAUACUCGGUCAUUCCGCAGAUCAGACGCACGACGUUAAAAAUGCUAAAACCGCUCAAGGCAACGAGUGCAUGGCUAUCAUUGAUACUGACAGAAAAUUACAAGCCGAACAAUUCGGAUAUGAGGUUUAUUUGGCGAAACUCGUUCCUGAAACGUGCACCCCGAAGAAUCAUUUGCUCGUUGGUAUUCCGAAAUACCGAAAUCCAUAAAAUUUUAUCUCCCUUCAAUUUUUCCAUUCAAAUAUUUUCGUUCCUUUUUACGAUUCAAUAAAAAAUAAUUCUUCGACAGAAUUUUCACUUCACUGGUUAGAAAGAGUUUUCGAUCCUUUUUUUAUGGGGAGGAGAACAAGAUCACCUGGCUGCAAAGAGAUUUGGCCGCUAUCCCAAGCCUUGCGACAGUUUUCAGAAUACCUCGAGAGCUGCAGAUUCUCCAGAAAAUCAAUAUGAGUUUUCGUCGUCAUAAAAUAGGUCAAUCACCCGUCCAAAUACACGGAGGGAGAUUAUAUUUUGUAAUAAAUAUUUUAUUUCUCUAUUAAUUGUUUAAUAUUAUUUCAAAUGAACUGACAUGCACUGCGCAUUUUCUCAGAUUGGUUUUUUGUUUCAUAAUUGUAAAAAAAAUGGUAUUUGAAUGAUUCUACACAAAUCAUAGAUUUGGCGAUUAUCCUGAACGUUUUUAAUACAGGAUGAACAAUUUUAUCAACAAUAUUAGCAUCCCUAUAUUUCCGAGCAUUUAAUCUUGUUCUAUUGGAAAAAUAGUCCCAUUUAAGAGCAAAAGAAAACGAUUUGUAAAUCAUGUUUUGAAAUUUUCUUAUAUUCGCCCAUUAGUUGUUAAAUUACAUAAGACCCGAUAAGACUGCUACUGUCUGAUAACUGCGUGAAAAAUUUAUAGAUAAGUACAAACCAAAAGGAAAUGAAGGAACUAAAUAUACGAAAUAUUUCUGA